UCCAGGCGGAACUGAGGCAGGCUUUCCUAGCUGAGACACCCAGAGGUGGUUAAAGCAAUCUUGGGACAUCCCAGCCUUCCCUUAGGUCUUAAGGAUCCUGAAUCUUUACUGUGGAUAUUGGAUUUGGUGAAACAGCAAUCAUGACUGUGGGAAAGAGCAGCAAGAUGCUGCAGCACAUCGACUACAGGAUGAGGUGCAUCCUGCAAGAUGGCCGGAUCUUCAUCGGCACCUUUAAGGCUUUUGACAAGCAUAUGAAUUUGAUUCUUUGUGAUUGCGAUGAGUUCAGGAAGAUCAAGCCAAAGAAUGCGAAGCAGCCAGAGCGUGAAGAGAAGCGGGUCUUGGGUCUGGUGCUGCUGCGUGGGGAGAACUUGGUUUCCAUGACAGUGGAGGGACCUCCCCCCAAAGAUACCGGCAUUGCUCGUGUACCACUGGCAGGAGCUGCAGGAGGCCCUGGGGUUGGCAGGGCCGCGGGCAGAGGAGUCCCAGCUGGUGUUCCGAUUCCACAGGCUCCUGCGGGAUUAGCAGGCCCAGUCCGAGGGGUAGGGGGACCCUCCCAGCAGGUAAUGACUCCACAGGGACGAGGCACUGUCGCAGCUGCCGCUGUGGCGGCCACUGCCAGCAUAGCUGGAGCCCCCACUCAGUACCCACCAGGUCGGGGGACUCCCCCCACCCCUGUGGGCCGGGCAACCCCCCCUCCAGGCAUUAUGGCUCCUCCACCUGGUAUGAGACCACCCAUGGGACCACCGAUUGGGCUUCCCCCUGCUCGGGGGACCCCGAUAGGCAUGCCUCCUCCAGGGAUGAGACCCCCCCCACCUGGAAUCAGAGGUCCACCUCCCCCAGGAAUGCGUCCACCAAGACCCUAGGAUACUGUUGGUCCUUAGUCACUUUUGCCUGCACUGUGUCUUGUGGAACUGUGUAGAGUGUUUGUGAGCUUCUGUCCCCUCUGCAGCAUUAAUAUUCGCUAAUAAAUGCAUAGAGCAAUUAAACUGUGA